AUGGGACUGGAGGACGGCCUGAAGCGGACGCCGCUGCACGACCUGCACCGGGCGCGCGGCGGGAGGAUGGUGCCCUUCGCUGGCUGGAGCAUGCCGCUGCAGUACGGGCCUGGACACUUGGAGUCCCACCUGCACACCCGCCACCACUGCUCCCUCUUCGACGUUUCCCACAUGCUCCAGAGCAGGGUGUACGGCCGGGACCGCGUGAAGUUCAUGGAGAGCCUGGUGGUUGGGGACAUUGCGGAGCUGAAGCCUGACCAGGGCACCUUGACACUGCUGACAAACGAGAAGGGUGGCAUUGUAGAUGACCUCAUUGUGACAAACACAUCAGAAGAGCACCUCUACGUGGUGUCCAACGCAGGCUGUGUGGACAAGGACUUGGCCAUCAUGAAGGGUAGAGUGAAGGAGCUGCAGGCUGCUGGCAGCGAUGUGCACCUGGAAGUCUUGGACAACGCUCUGCUGGCUCUGCAAGGUCCCUCCAUGGCACGGGUGUUGCAGGCAGGACUUUCCAACGACCUAGCCAAAUUGUCCUUCAUGAACAGUGCAACAAUGACUGUCUUUGGUGUGCCAGGCUGCCGAGUCACACGUUGUGGCUACACCGGCGAGGAUGGUGUAGAGAUCUCGGUACCCGCAGAGCGGGUGGUGGAGCUGGCUGAGCAGCUGCUCAGUGACCCCGAAGUGUGGCUGGCUGGGCUUGCGGCCAGGGAUAGCCUGCGGCUGGAGGCAGGGCUCUGCCUCUACGGGAAUGACAUUGAUGAGACAACCACACCUGUGGAGGCCAGUUUGGUGUGGACUUUGGGGAAACGCCGGCGUACAGCCAUGGACUUCCCUGGCGCAGCCCUGAUCAUGUCGCAACUCAAAGAAAAGCCGAAGCGCAAGCGCGUGGGGCUGACCUCCGUGGGGCCCCCCAUCCGGCCGCAUACUGCCAUCCUGGGUCCUGAGGGCAGGCCUAUCGGGUGCCCUGGUGUCGUGGGUGUAGCCCACAGGAUGCCCGCUCUCAUGGGUUGA